AAGAUAUUUAGUUAAACAGUAGUUGCAUACGUCUAGUAAAAAUAAAUCUAUUCUAAAAUGCAUACAAUAUUUGUAUUGUGUAGUAGUUUUGUAAUCGGUUCUUUUGGUACCAUAAUAUGGCCCUCAUGGUGCCCACCUGAUGAAAUUUGGAAUGACUGCGCCCCAUGGUUACCUGAGCGGACUUGCCAAAACAGAUUCCCUUACCACCCAGGAUACGAUCUAGAUAUAUGUUAUGAACGUUGCGAAUGCGAUGCUGGAAAUGGAUACAUUCGAGAUCGUAUUUCCGGAGAAUGCGUGAUCGAAGGAUGCUGUCCAGACUGUCCGCCCUAUGAAAUCUGGAACGACUGUGAUUCAUGUGAACCUGAGCCAACUUGUCAAAAUCCCUAUCCAAACUGUACCGGAAUCUCAUGUCCAUUAAUGUGUUUUCCUCGAUGUGUAUGUGACAUUGGAUAUAUAAGAGAAGAAAUUUCAGGAGAUUGCGUACCUCUAGAAAGCUGUCCAUGUUGUUUGGAUGGUGAAAUUUGGAAUGAAUGUGCAUCAUGUCAUCCAGAACUCACAUGUCAAAACCCGGAACCGGAUUUUACACACAUAUGUGAUAAACGGUGUUAUGAACGAUGUGAAUGCGACGCUUACAGGGGUUUUAUUAGAGACGAAGCUUCAGGAAAAUGUGUGCCUUUUAACGACUGUCCAUGUAAGUUCAUUUAG